AUGGAAAAAGCUGAGAACUUUAUAGAUUAUUAUGAAGUAUUGCAAAGUGAAAAAUCUGCAUCACACGAAGAGUUAAAGAAAAGCUACCAGCGUUUAGUACUAGCUUUUCAUCCUGACAAAAGUGGUAAUGCGGAAGACGAAAAGUUUCAUCUGAUUCAAAAAGCGUGGUCAGUGUUGAGGGAUCCCAUUUCUCGCAAACAAUACGAUGCAGAAUUAUCUUGUUAUGAAAAUACUGAUCUUUUACUCUACGACACAAUAUCUUUAUCAGAUAUGGACUUCAAUGCUACAGAAGAACUGUACUCAUAUCAGUGUAGAUGCAGUGGCAUUUAUUACUUAGAUGCUAGUGAACUUUCAGAAUCUUCAUUUGAAGUUAUCAUAAGUUGCAAUGAAUGCUCAUUUUGUGUUAAAGUAAAUAAGAAAUAG